AUGGUAUUUAAGCCGUUUAAGUGUAAGUUCUACUCCAAAGGCUACCAUUCUUCGGCGCAGAAGCAAACCACGGCCUUCUUUGAAAGCUCGUACCAGUAUUUGCGCCGUAACCAGGGUCUGGUAAGUCAAGAAAGUUGCAUCCCAUCGUCGCACAAUGUUACCGUUGGUCUGAACCCAGUAGUGGGUGCCAACGUGAACUACAACAAUGUGGAACUCGCGCUGGAGAAAGAAAAAACGGAAGAAAGCCAGACACCAGCUCAUGGGAGGCAUGAUGGAUCCCUGUUGCCGCGUGAGUAUAAGAGGGGUCGCGAAUCUCGCAGAGCAAGUCUCGGAGCGACUCCAAGCUCCUCUACGGCACCAAGGGCCCACUCGCUGAGUCGGUUCCGAUCCCACAAUAGCAAUGACUCGUAUACUCAUUAUCCGCAUAACAGACAAAUGGAAAUCAAUGAAAGGCUGUCUAGGAGCUACUUCUCUAGUAGUGCUAUUGAUAGUACUAGUCAACGCAGUCAGGAUGUUGUUCCAGGUGUUACAAGUGCCGCCACAGACAUUAACGCUGGUCAGAAAAGCAUUGAGACCCUGGAUACUGGGAUCCAAGAUCAACUGACUCAUGAUGCGCCGGGUGUACUUCCAGUCCACGAUGUUGCUUUUGAUUCCCGAACAGACCCGCGUGUUUCUCCAUGGGAACCCGAUACCGAAGAAUCAUUGAACCCUCAAACGUUUCUGGAUACCCAAACUAAGCAGAUCAAAAAAGCUUUUGACUGUGGUGACUAUAACAGUAUCAAUGCGCACUAUCAAGCUUUGCAGAGAAACAGUAUUAUACCAACAGUAGAGAUCUAUGAGAUUGUUAUCGAGUCUGUGAGCAGACGUGACCUAGACAAUGACAACGUGGAUAAUCGUAUGUUCCAGCUGCUGAACUGCUACCAGGAUUUGAUAAACAAUAAGAUGAAGCCCUCGGAACAAAUUUAUAAUGCAGUGAUUGGAACGUUGCUGAAAGGGUCGAUCCUAGCCCAUGAUUUAGGAAAUACCAACGGAGGUGAUUUCUACAAAAUUGCCAUUGACCUUUUGAAGGCUUCUAACACCAACAAGACUAGUGAUUUCUCUAAAGAGGUACUGGAUUGCUCACUAUUGGCUAUGAAUUUAUAUCCUGGUUACGUUACACUUGACUAUAUUCAAAACUUUUUGCACAAGUCUAAGCUCUAUUUCAAGGACUCCUUCUAUUAUGUGGCUUUACUUUCAUAUGCUAAGUUCACAAAUAACAGUGCUGCGGUAAAGAAUUUGUAUGAGGAGUUCAGAAACGCUUGUGUUGCGGAUACUAAUCUACAAAGGCAUCGAUUUGAAGUGUACGCCUCAGUGCUGUCUGCUUUAGUGGAAACCGGAAAUACCGCUCUCGCCAUAAAACUUCUGGGUACGGUAUUGUCGGAGGCCAAAGACAAAGUGGGACUAGCUUCGAAUGUGUCAUUAAUCCUUUCAUGUUUCUUGACGUCUGUCAGUAAGAUGGAUUCUCAGCGUGCUUAUGAUCUUUGGUACGAGUUUAAAUCACUUCCAUGGAUACCAGAAUUUUCCUACGACUUCUAUUUGAGCAUGCUCUCGAACAGUUUGGGAAACUGGCCAUUAGCCAAGAAAAUAUACGCAUACAUGCUCCCAAUGAUGAGGGAGUCGAGAACAGACAAACCUACUUUGAGCGAACAAUUGCUUUUUGCUACCGACACAAAGCUUACUUUGAGUUCUUUUCUUGACUACGCCUUGCAAUUAAAGGACACUGAAGCAAUUAUGAAUUUACUUGAAGAGUCAAUGGUAAAAGAGUUCGUAUUUGAGCCGGGCGUGUACCCGUAUGUGUUCCAAUUUCUGAAGAGUAUUCGGUGUCCAGAUGAUUAUCUCAUACGAUUUAUUGAUUGUCACGGUCGACUGCUUGUUAAAGGGCAAGAUAAAUUCGAGUUUUUAAAUGGCCUCAUCGAUAGUUACCAAUCUCAGGUCAUUUUGAGUAAGGUCGCGGCCACAACUUUUUUCGUGAACUGUUGUAAAGCCUUCGAUAUAUCAGAGAGUCGACUGGUCAAUUACAGCGGUCUCAUCGCAUGUUUUCAAAGUUUGUGGAGCUCUCCACAAACAAUCGAAAAAUACAGCAAAAAUAUAGAGCUUCAUGCCUUGGUAAUUUGCCGCCUCCAUGAUUUAGAAGGCUACUACUCCACCAUGGAGAACGAAUUUUUAGCACAGUUCAGAGACAAUCUUAACACAAGGUUUGAAAAGCUAAUGAUUAACUACAAGAGGUUGAGUUUGGAUCCUAAUAUGAUAAGCGGUACCGCUGUUCAGGCUGCUAAAGUGAUUGGUUUAUCGGAAGAUAUUGUCGACCAUUUUGCUCAUCCCGGCGAUUGGGACAAGUCGUACCCUCUGUGCCUUGGUCCUAUGCUGAGAAAUUCUUUCAGCACCGGUUUUAAGACAUACGAUAGGUUACGAAAGGAAGAUUAUUGUUUCGAUUACGACACGUACAAGCAGCUUGUCACUAUGCGAGUUAAUGAUACCGAAACAGUUACCAAAGGAUUGGAGCUAUGCCCUGAUGACCAAGAAAUCAAAUUUUUUUCCAAUUGUUUGGUGGUCAAAACCUUCGGCAAGGAUUUGAAUGAUAAAGUGCUGAAGCAUCCACUCUUUUCCAAAAUUUUGCCUCAUUUGAAGGAUGCUUCCAUUCUACGCUUGGCCAAAAACACUUCUGAUAUAUGCUUUUUGAUUGAGCGAAUUGAUUUUCCCAAGCGCUUCAAGGGUAUUGCAGAGCAGGCAGAAUUCAAAGCGAGUAUUGCAUACAUAUACCAUGAGCUCUACCGGAAUAAGCUGUAUUCUGAAAUUGUUGCUUUGAACUCCAGCUGCCCCGUGCUGGAUGUUGCGAUCCUGUUGAAGGCUUGUGUUCGAUCAGGAAAUUUCUUGCAGUACAAAACGCUUUUUCAACAAUUCAAGAAGGGUUUGGCAAGUGACGCUACUGCAAUUCAUGCUGAGUACUUAAUCAACAAUUUGAAAGUUGAAGAGGCAAUAAAGCUUUUAAGAACUUCGAGCCGCACGACUGGUCACAAGGAUAACGACUUGCUUUCAUUUGCGGUAUUUCUGCGUAGUUUUGAAAAACGGAUGAUACAGCUGGAUGAAGUUGAAAACACACUGCAGUUGGCCAAUGUACUUUCGACGCAAGAGACCUUUAGCUCUAUGGUGGCCUUGUAUCAAACGCUUACUGAAGAGAUGACUCAAAAGCUGGAACCCGACGUCAAGAGAGCAGUUAACAUCGAGAUCGCUGAUCAGCUGUUGAAUAAUCUGCAUGCAUCUUUACAAUUUGUUGAUUUCGCCGGACUGCAGGCUAGUAGCUCCAUGCUACAAAAACUAACCAAUUAUUUCAGGUUCAAGUCUUUUCUAAAGCUCCCAGAAAUGAAUGAGGAAGAUGUGCACAAGCUGUUGGAUAUUUAUGAGAAGGUCAAACCAUCUGCCAUAGAUACGCUUUUCAACAACGUGGUUGAAACUAUUUACCUCAAUUCAAACACUAGAGUGAUUUACCUCCAGAACGACCUUAAGUUUUCUUUCCAACCUAAGCAGCUUUUGAGGCUUAUAGAAUCAAUAGGGAAGUUUUAUCACCACGAAAUCAAUGAGGAAAGCGCGGCGAAGGCUCAGAAGUUCGAGGCUACCCUCAAAAAGCUUUACAAACUUGAAGGGGCAACUAUGUAA